GGUCCUGGACAAGCCAGUGCAGUCAUUCGAGCACACUCGACCCUUUCAGACCACUCUGGUGGACCACAUAACAGGUGUUUCUUCUGACCUAUAUAUUUACUGAUUCACCUAUUUAACAUAAAACGUGUCAAUUAUUCAAAAUUAAAUUAAACAUGUUUCAGACAAGAAUAAGUGAUUUAAGAAUGGUAUCAUAUGAUGAAGCGGUCGUUGUGAGAAAUGCAAUGAAGAAAUACGGAAGUGGCAAACCAAUUUUCGAUGGACUGAAUAUGUCAGUGACACGAGGCUCUAUAUACGGACUAUUGGGAGCCAGCGGAUGCGGAAAGACAACAUUGCUGUCUUGUAUCGUGGGAAUCAGUUCACUUGACAGUGGAGAAAUCUUUGCGCUUGGUGGACAUCCGGGCAGUAAAGCAUCAGCAGUGCCCGGUCCUAAAGUCGGUUAUAUGCCGCAGGAAAUAUCUCUUGUAAAAGAAUUCACAGUUAUUGGUGCACUGUAUUAUUUCGGACGAAUUAACGGAGUUGAAGAUCAUGUUAUUGACGAGCGUCAUGUCUUUCUGGCAGAGUUGCUUCAGCUGCCGCCUAAAAAUCAACUUAUAAAGCAGAUGAGCGGUGGACAACAGCGUCGAGUUUCAUUUGCUUGUGCGAUGAUUCACGAGCCGGAGCUUCUAAUUCUUGAUGAACCCACCGUGGGACUGGAUCCUGUUUUAAGAGAAAAUAUUUGGGAUUUUCUCUAUGAUUUAACCAGGCACAAAGGAGUGACUGUUAUUAUAACCACACACUAUAUUGAAGAGACAAAACUUGCUGACAAAAUAGGACUUUUGAGACAUGGAAAAAUGCUGGCAGAGAUGUCGCCGAAUAAAUUAUUGGCCAAGUGUCGGUGUGAUACUCUAGAAGAAGCUUUUUUAAGAUUAAGUCAAAAGCAGAAUGACAGUGAAGAAGAAAAAAAAAGAAGACAAAUUAAUGCAAGUAAUGAGUAUCUCACUGAGUUGGAAGAAAUUUCACAUUUUAGUUUAGAUCAAAAUGGUAAUAGAACUAGAGGACACUCCACUUAUAGAUACUCAACAAAUCCUGCGUCACCAAUUCCUCAAAAUUUGCAUCCUGUUAAACAGAAUAAUAAUUUUAAUAUUAAAUUACGCUGGCGUCGAUUUCAAGCGCUGAUGAUUAAAAAUUUCAUUCAAUUUGUCCGUCAUCCAGGUGGAAUUUUAUUUUCAUUGGCUUUUCCUAUUCUUCAGGUAAAUAUUUUCUUCACUGCUGUCGGUGGUGAUCCCCAGAACCUCAACAUGGCUGUUGUUAAUUACGAAGCUGGAAAUUGUCAUUCUGGAAAAUAUCUGGGAAGAGUUGAUUACUCAUUUGAAAAACGGCAUUGUGAAUUAAUUGACAUAAGUUGUCGUUUUCUUGAUGGCUUUCAACGUACAAUUGCUAAAAAUAAAUUUUACAGUGAUAUAAACACCGCGAUGGACUCUGUAAGGCACGGAGAGACAGUCGGUGCUAUGUUUAUAGGUAAAAAUUUCUCUAUGGGUUUACGUGAGCGUCUUAAGUUCUGGGAAGGCAAAGAAGUUAAUAGCGGAGAAAUCGAUUUGACCCUUGACAUGGGAAAUCGUCAGAUCGGACUCUAUGUUGAGAAGAAUAUUUAUGAUAAAUUUUUAAUUAUCUACCAGGAUAUUAUUGAAGAGUGCAAUUUAACACGAAGAUUGAUGAACGUGCCUUUAAAAUUUGAAGAUCCUAUUUUUGGUGAAAAAAAUCAGUCGUAUACAAAAUUUAUGGCUCCGGGAUUUUUGAUAACAGUGGUUUUUUUCCUGGCUACUGCAGUAUCUUCAUCGAUAAUCCUUGCAGAUCGUCAUGAAGGAGUCUGGAACAGAAGUCUCGUUCAAGGUGUUACAACAUUUGAAAUUUUAAUAUCACACUUGCUGACUCAGAUAACACUAAUUGUCAUCCAAGUAACUUUGACGAUUUCGUUUACUUUUACGCUGUAUGUUAAAUGUCACGGAUCACUUGCUACACUAAGCCUCCUUGUUUUCUUCAUGGCUAUAUGCGGAAUGUGUUAUGGCUUCUUGGUAUCAGUUCUCUGUACAUCACACACGGUAGCCAAUUAUAUUACCACUGGAAGUUUUUACCCAGUGAUUUUGUUGUGCGGUUGUAUCUGGCCAAUUGAAGGAAUGCCCUAUUUCUUGCAAUGGAUCAGCAUCAUUAUGCCAACGACUAUCCCCGGUCAAGCUGCCAGGAAUAUUAUUGAUAAAGGAUAUGAAAUUGGUAAUCCACAAGUUUACCAAGGAUUCCUAGUUGUUACAGGCUGGAUUAUUUUUCUUGUACUUAUGUGCUUCCUCGGAAUCCGUUCAAAAAAAUCGUAGGUGUUACUCUGUAAAAUUUUUUAUCAAUUAAUUCAAUUUAACUUCUAGUCAGUGCCCGAAGGAAGUGUUGUACAUUAAUUUAUUUAUAAAUCUAUUAUUUAAAUGGUAAGAAUAAAACAUAAGGAAA